AUGAAAAUCCCUAAGAGAUUUUACAUGCCCGAUAUCCCAAAGUAUAAUAGGACAACCGACCCAAAUGAACAUGUGACUGCAUAUACGUGUGCUAUUAAGGGCAAUGAUCUCGCCGAUGACGAAAGGGAAUCAGUGCUGCUUAAGAAAUUCGGGGAAACCCUGUCAAAGGGGGCAAUGAUUUGGUAUCAUAACUUGCCCGAGCAUUCGAUUGAUUCAUUUUCCAUGCUCGUUGAUGCUUUCGUCAAGGCCCAUGCUGGGGCUAUCAAGAAGCUCGAUUACGUCUAUGGAGCUAAAGCAAAAUCUGAUAGAAUACCGGCGAUCGCACAGGGUGAUGUACACAACAGGUAUCAAUCAAAGAUCAAGGUUGAAGAUGAUAAGAUUCUGAGGGCCACUUCGGUAUCAUGGCAUUCUGGUAAAGGGAGUGAUCGAUUAAAGAGAGCGGCAAGUCGGGAUUCCAAAUCAUCAUAUGACAGAGCCUCGGGAAACAGAGAAACUCCAAGGUUAUCCGAGUAUAAUUUCUGCGUCGAUGUAGCGACCAUAGCGGCGGCCGUUAUCCGUAACAGAGAAACAAGGCAUCCAAGGCCAAUCCAAUAUGAUCCAGAGAAGCGGGAUAAAAGCCUUAUUUGCAAAUACCAUCACACUCAUAGCCAUCGAACCGAAGAUUGUCGACAGUGGAGAGAGGAGGUUGCUCGUCUGUUCAAUUUGGGACACCUUCGAGAAUUCCUAAGUGAACGAGCAAAGACACAUUUCAAGAACGUGGACUCCAACAAGCAGGAUAGGCAGGAAGAGCCCCAGCAAGUGAUACACAUGAUCAUGGGAGGAACGGACGUUCCCAUUGGGCCGGUUGUAAAACGCACCAAAAUUUUCAUAACAAGGGAAAAGCGUAUUCGGAAUGAAGACCCCGAGGGUCCCAUCUCGUUCAGUGACGAGGACAUGGAAGGCAUCGCUCAGCCUCAUAAUGACGCGCUGGUAAUAUCUGUCCUUGUCAAUAAAUUUAGAAUCAAACGUGUGCUAAUUGAUCCAGGUAGCUCGGCUAAUAUCAUCCGAUGGAGAGUCAUCGAGCAGCUGGGACUACUAGAUCAGAUCGUGCCAACAAUACGAGUCCUCAACGGAUUCAACAUGGCAUGCGAGACGACGAAGGGUGAGAUCACUUUACCGAUCAACAUGGCAGGAACUACGCAGCAGACAAAAUUUUAUGUGAUAGAGGGAGACAUGGGAUACAAUGCAUUGCUGGGAAGACCGUGGAUUCACCUCGUGAGAGCGGUCCCCUCAACUAUGCAUCAUAUAUUGAAAUUCCCGACCCCAGAGGGUAUCAAAACCGUCCGUGGUGAACAACAGGCCGCAAAGAAAAUGUUCGCGGUCGAAGAAUCUGUUAAGAUUACAAAGGUGCCGGAUUGGAACGAAGGGGAGAGUGCCAAAUAG